UCAGUGUCGCCCCCACUGCCCACAGCUCCGUGAGUGGGGACUGUUAGGUGCCCGCCCACUCUGCCCUAGACCCACUCUGUCAGGGCUCCGCAGGGAUCCUAGGCUGCCUGAGCCCUUCUGUUCACACGGACCCCAACAGUACCAAACCACGCCCACUCGCUCCGGCCCGGGGCCAUCAGGCGCCCAUCACGUGCACUCUUUGCCGUUGCUGGGGCCGCAGCAGCGCCACCCAACCGAGCUCGGUUGUCCUGGAGAGGGACUCGCAGAUCCCGCGGUUUCUGGCCAGUUGGAUCUGGUGAGUGGAGAUCUUCAGGGUGAGGCCCGCAGAGCCCUGCCUCAUCUUCCUUCUCACUUGAGGGGUCCAGAACCACCAGUAUGUCAACUGAGCCGAGCGCUCCAGGGACCUCACCUAGGACACCGCGUCCUGGGGCCCAGAAGUCAUCUGGCGCGAUAACCAAGAAGGGGGACCGGGCUGCUAAGGAGAAGCCAGCAACUGCCCUGCCUCCGUUGGGCGAGGAGGAGCCGAAAAAUCCCGAGGAGUACCAGUGCUCUGGGAUCCUGGAGACAGACUUCGCCGAGCUCUGCGUACGGUCAGGCUACACGGACUUUCCCAAAGUUGUCACCCGGCCUCGGCCCAACCAGAACUUUGUCCUUUCCGCCUCCAUGUCAGAAAAACCCACCCAAGACGACCAGCGGUUGUCGGCAUCCUGCAGCCAGAACAGCCUGGAGAGCAAAUACGUGUUCUUCCGGCCCACCAUUCAGGUGGAGGCAGAGCAGGAGGACAGCAAGGUGGUGAAAGAGAUCUACAUCCGAGGUUGGAAACUUGAGGAUCGGAUUCUGGGUAUUUUCUCCAAAUGUCUGCCCUCCCUCAGCCAGCUGCAAGCUAUCAACUUGUGGAAGGUGGGGCUGACGGAUAAGACCCUGACCACGUUCAUUGCCCUUUUGCCUCUCUGUUCCUCCACACUCAGGAAGGUAUCUCUGGAGGGAAACCCACUACCGGAGCAGUCCUAUUACAAGCUCAUGGGACUGGACAGCACGAUCUCUCACUUAUCUCUGAGGAACAAUAGCAUCAAUGACCAUGGUGCGCAGCUCCUAGGCCAGGCACUGUCCACACUGAACAACAGCAACCGGACCCUUGUUUCGCUGAACCUGGGAUUCAACCACAUCGGGGACGAGGGAGCGGGCUACAUUGCAGAUGGCCUAAGACUGAAUCGCUCUCUUCUCUGGUUGUCCCUGGCGCACAACCGUAUUCAAGACAAGGGCGCACUGAAGCUGGCUGAGGUCCUGCGCCCCUUUGAGCUGACCCACACGGAGGUGGUGGAGCGGCGGCGUCUGCUCUUGGAGAAAGGAACGCAGGAGCGGUCGUCGCGAUCGCCUUCCUCCUCCCGACAUGGAGACUCCAAGACGGAACGUGAAAAGUCUCAGCCAGCGGCCAUCAGCAAUGCUACUCUGGUGGACAAGCCAGAAAAGAUGCAGACAUUAAAAACACCCAAGGGUCUGGGCAAGAAAAAGGAGAAGUCAGGGGAAGUUGUAAAGAAGGAAGAGAAGUCAGGCCCCGGGCAGUCCCCUACACAAGGAACCCCUAAGAAAGAAGAUGCCACAAAGGCAGGCAAGGGGAAGGUAACCAUCCCUGAGCAGAAGAUGAGCAAGGGAAAAGGGAUGAAGAUGGGAAGCAAAGAGAAGCGCAGCAUCCUCCUGGAGUCAGAGCAGCUGGUUGUUGAAGCUACAGAGAUGGUUAACCCUCUCCUGGAGCCUGUGGAGCACCGAGAUGGGAAGGUUUUCAUGCCUGGGAACAAGGUCCUUUUGCACCUCAACCUCCUCCGGAACCGAAUCACAGAGGUGGGGCUGGAAGGCUUCCUCACUGCUGUGCAAUACCAGGUUCAGGUCUCCAAGUCCAGGACUUCUUCGUCCAAGGGCCCCUUGGGGCUGCUGUGGCUGUCCCUGGCGAAAAACUGCUUUGACCCGCAGUGUCCAACAUACACCAUGAUUCAGGAACUGAUGCUGCCAAGGGACCCUGUGAAGGCCAAGGUCAGGGAGGAGGAGGCCACAGCUACCUAGGCCUCCAGGGGCAGCCCUAUCUCCUUGGGAGAUACCACGGACCAAUAACAUAGUCUGUUGCUGUGCUAUUCUUUGAAAAUCACUCCAGAACUGUUUGGAA